GACUCCUCCUCCUCCUCGUCUUCCUCUGUUGAUGAAGCUCGUUCUCCGGCCUCCUUCCUCCACUCCUCCCCCCUCAGCCCCCCCUUCCCUCUGGAUGCCACGCUCGCCUUCAGCCACUCUCAACCGGGUUUCCUCCUCGUCAGCCCGGCCUCCUCCUCCUCCUCCUCCUCCUCCUCCUCCAUGGGACUCCUCUGUGGAGCAGUGGAGCCCGACUCUCCCUCCGGAUCUUGUUCCAGCGGCGGAGGUGUCGGGGGCGGGGCCAUGGGGUCCCACGCCGACUCGUUUUCAGCGCAGGUCGACUCCAUCCUGAGGGGUGACUUCCUGGCACCAGGGGGCGCUGCAGGGCCCAAGAGGCUCUGUCUGGUGUGUGGAGACUUUGCCUCCGGGUAUCACUACGGAGUGGCGUCCUGCGAGGCCUGCAAGGCGUUCUUCAAAAGAACCAUCCAGGGCAACAUGGAGUACAGCUGUCCAGUGACCAGCGAGUGUGAGAUCACCAAGAGGCGGAGGAAGGCGUGUCAGGCCUGUCGCUUCCACAAGUGUCUGCAGGCCGGGAUGAUGAGGGAGGGGGUGCGUUUGGACCGGGUCCGAGGGGGACGUCAGAAGUACAAGCGGCGGGUGGAGACAGGAAGCUGCUUUUAUUCACCUCACGUUCGACUUUCAGGAAACAAGAUGAUUUCUCACCUGCUGCUCACUGACCCCGCCCCACUGGCUGCCAAUCAGGACACUUCGACCAAUGACAGCAGCCUGAGCACCUUGCUGACCCUGUGUGACCUCCUGAACCGGGAGCUGCUGGCUCUGAUUGGCUGGGCCAAACAGAUCCCAGGCUUCUCCAGCCUGUCAUUGGUCGAUCAGAUGUCGCUGUUGCAAAGCGGCUGGAUGGAGGCGCUGCUGGUGGGCGUGGCCUGGCGAUCGCAUGAAGCGCCGGGGGAGGAGCUUGUGUUCGCCGGGAACCUGCGGUUGGACGAGGCUCAGUGUCGAUCCCUGGGAUUGGCCGAGCUGUACGAGGCGCUGCGUCACCUGACAGUGAAGUACCAGCUGAUGAACCUGAGUCCUGAGGAGGUGGUGACGCUGAAGGCUGUGGCACUGGCCAACUCUGACGCCGACCCGGUGGACUGUCCCGACUCGGUGCAGCGGUUCCAGGACGGGCUCCAUGAUGCGCUGCAGGACUACGAGUCGACCCGCAGAGGGCGCCACCGAGCCGGCCGCCUGCUCAUGAGCCUCCCUCUGCUGCGCCAGGCCGCCGACCGGGCGGUGCAGGCCUUCCUCCACCUGCACCGCCACCGCCGCGUCCCUCUCCACAAGCUGCUCCUGGAGAUGCUGGACGCCAAAGCCUGA